AAACUUCCACUGGUGUGGGUGCUCUAAAGGGCUCCCCAGGAAUAUUGAUAUCACAUCAACAGGAGAUCAUGAAUCAGACAGAUAAAAAUCAACAAGAAAUCCCAUCAUACCUUAGUGAUGAACCACCAGAAGGUUCAAUGAAAGAUCACCCACAGCAGCAACCAGGCAUGCUGUCCCGUGUGACUGGGGGUAUCUUCAGUGUUACAAAGGGAGCCGUUGGUGCUACCAUUGGUGGUGUGGCUUGGAUUGGUGGAAAGAGUCUGGAGGUGACCAAAACAGCUGUUACAACUGUGCCUUCCAUGGGAAUAGGGCUGGUGAAAGGGGGCAUGUCUGCUGUGGCUGGAGGUGUUACAGCUGUUGGCUCUGCUGUUGUAAACAAAGUGCCCUUAACAGGAAAGAAGAAAGACAAAUCUGACUAAAAUAUGGAGAUACACUUGCUCUCCACAGCAUUAUGAUGCCAGUGGCAUUGAAUUGCUAAAUUACAGACUACAACCAAGUCACCUGUUUUGGACGUUUAUCUUCUAACUGCUGUGUUGAAAGUAUUGAUGACUGACUGGCUUUUGUCUUAAAGGAAGAGACCAAUACUAGCACAGUGUAUGAAGGUUUCUCAUACUUAAAUUCCAGCUUUUUAUCUGGUAAAAUGUUACACUUAUUCAGUUGUAACUGAAGAUAAGGUAUAUUUGAAUAUUUACUACAUAAGUCUUUCAGUUCAAAAAUGUGAAAGUUGAAUUUAGUGGAUGAUCUUUACAGUUCCAUAUGUAUAAUGUGCCAGGUAACUCAUCUGCCCCUUAAGAAGGGAACCUUGACCUACAUAAAUGUACCUUUGAUGUGCCUAAUAGUUUCAGAUGUCUUAGUUUUUUUAAUAACCAUAGUUGAUUAGACGAAGAGGCAUUCUUUUCUUUUUUAAGAUGGUAAAAAUAGCAGGAACUAGAGAAGUUUAAAAGAAAAGAUUCAUGGUUUUAUGAGUAUUAACCAUCUUUUUUUAGAUAGGCAUUAUAUUAAUCAUUGAUGCCUUACAAAAGAAAACAUCUUUUCUAAUACCCUGAAUAUGUGCAGUUCUUAGGAUUAUUAUUAUAUAUGGAUUCUUUCAAAAGUUGUUUGUGAAAUUAGUUUUCCCUCAAGAAUCUCAGGAUUAGUGACAUAAAGGCAUUUCUUGCUCUCAGCAGAUUAGGAUAGUGUUUGAUAACUGUUAGUAGUUAUAACCAAAUUGUACACUUCAAACUGGGUUCAUGCUCCAUCAUUAAUAAACCUCACAGUGCCUAAGGAACAUUUCUUUGCUGGUCAGAAGCUAUGUUAAUAAAAGAGUUUCAUAUUAAGGAGGAAAACAUAAAUCAUUUUAAGUUCUUAAGAAUUACAUAAAGCAUCCAAGAUAUAAAAAAUUCUUCACACCUAUUUUGUCUCCAGGAUGGCUUAAAUUACUAGCAGUACCCCUUUCAAAAAACACAGUAAAAGCAGCCACAGAUGUGUGGGGGCUGACUCUUAAAUUGAACGGAAUGGGCUCCAUAGAUUAGUUUUGAAUGUAAAAUAUAUGUAACUGAUUUCUGUUUGACAGGCUUUUAAAAUGUCAUCUUACACUCCUUUAAAGCAACUGUAAGCUUUGUACCAUUUUCCAAGUCAACUUCAGGCAGGAAAUUGAAUUUUUUGGUUAUGGAUGAUAAGUGUGUUGUGUCU